AUGGAGCUGUCUCUAGGUUCUAUCGCUGGUAGCUACGCCCUACUCCCAGCCUAUAUUGGACUCUUACAGCAAACCAACCCCGGCUCUCUCUGCUACACUGAGCAUGUAGAUGAUCCCCAUGGUGCUAUGCGUUUCAAAUAUCAGUUCAUAGCUUAUGGAGCUUGCGUGAACGGGUACCAAUACAUGAGAAAAGUCGUAGUUGUUGACGCAUUUACCAUUGUCGACAGCGAGAAUGAUGAUGCGUGGGAGUGGUUCUUUCGCCACCUUUCUGCUUUCGUCCACGACACAACAGAGCUGGUUUUCAUAUCGGUCCGGCAUGCUAGCAUAUAUGCGGGAAUGCGAAAGGUCUAUAAUCAAGCACACCACUCUGCGUGCACUGUUCAUUUUUGGCGCAAUGUACGUCACCUAUACAAGCCACAAACACUAGCUGGCCUUAUGUUUGCAGCAGCGAGAGCAUUCGUUGUAGAUGACUUCAACAAGAAGUUCUUGGAAAUUCAGAGGGUGAACCCUGGGUGUGCAGCAUAUCUUGUCGAUAUUGGUAAGUCCAAAAUUUUUUGGAGGUCAAGAGCUGCACGUUCUGUUUCUGUUAUAGCUCCAAAGUGUCGUAAGAUUGUUGAUGAGAACUUUGAGAAUGCUAUGGCCAUGGCGGUGAGGCCAAUAAGCGACUUCGAGUUCCAAAUUCAGAUCAGAGCUGGUGAAUGUUACACCGUCAAAUUGGUUGAGGGAACUUGUUCCUGUAAUGAGUUCCAGUGUCUAAGCAUCCCUUGUGCUCACGCUAUCGCGGCAGCGACACGCCUUGGUGUUUCAAUUGAAAAUUUCAUUGAUGUUGCCUACUAUGAAGAGACAAUAAGGCAUUCCUAUGAAGAGAAGAUAACCUAUUCCAUCUGUGGGUGGAAACUCUUCGGCAGGAUCAACCUCUAG